AAAAGCGCUAGACGUUUUUUUUCAUCUCUUUUUGACGAGAAGAGAUAGUGGCACUAGCGGCCACUAUGCUACCUUAAAGGUAUUCGGGGUUUAACUUGUAAGCCCACAAUACCUGCGUUCCAUCACGCAUUUUACAGCACCCUCGCUGUAUUCACAACCACCCAACAUGGCCUCAAUAUGGAACAGAUAUAUCGACGAUGAUAUCUCAGGCAUCGACCUAACCAUCGACCUUGACGACUCCGAAUUAGACAAAGUAACGGCGGAUGAAAUCAAUACGUAUUGUGCGGAAAGCUUUGCGUACUAUUUCGAGUACCACGACGAUAAAUGCGACGAGGAUAUAUGGGAUGAUUUUAAGGACUUUUUUACGGGAUGGCAAGCAAGACACUUUCAAAAGGCACACCCCUCGCUCCAGAGACUAAUGACAGACUAUCUCCUGUACCACGGAGUAUACUCUGAUAAAACGAAGACCACCUCUGAGAGACUAGAAACAAUCGCCAACGCUGAAAAAUUCACGAAAUUCCCACCUGACAAAAGCGCAUCUCUGUCAGAACGUUACCCCGAUAGCUUCAUCUCAAUGACUAACCCAUACUACGUCGACAACCUCAACAAGAUCACCCGAUCCCACAAGCAGUCCCGUCAAGGCCUGAUAAGCCUGUUACGUAUACCCGACCGAUGAGACCACGAGGCAUUACCGACCAUGUUAAGGUGUAUUAUGACGACAACGAAUACAAGCACGAGGAUGAUAAAAGGUAUGACCUAAGGGAUGGCAUACCGGACAAGGAGAUUAAGAUCGUCAAGGAUCUUCAUUAUAAGGCUGGAAUCGGGUGAUUGUAUCGAAUCCACCACAAUACACGAUUGUCUCUGAUUAGCCCAAGUCGACAAUCCUCACAAUUCGACCGAAAAUAACCUCGUCCCCAGCCAGACGAUUCGACCGAAAAU